GGGUUGAUGGGACGGGUCUUAAAAGAAUGAAGAGGAAAACGUGGUUUGGGAGGAAACGCUGAGAAGUGACUGCUGCUGGGAUAGCGGACAGGAGACCCGGAGGAAUGAGAGGACGACAGAUGAGGUCGUCGAAAUCGCGGGAAACGGAGGAGAACGUUUGACUGAUUGGAGUUCUUGUUUUAAUGGAAGAAAUGGUGGUUGCAUAACAAAUGAACGCACUGGAGCUGCAGUUUGGAGUUGUCAGAGUUAUUUCUUCCCCAAGAGCGGAAUGACGGAAGAGUUGCAGCAUGUACGAAUCUCAGCACCAGUCAAGCAAGGGCACCAACACGAUGGAAACUGAGAGCCAAGAUAGUUCGGAAAGCACUCUGCCCAACGGCAGCACCCAUCCAACCAAACGUGGACGAGGCAGACCGCGGGGGUCGCUCAACAAGAAAUACAAGCAAUACAUGGAGAAAGCGAGUCCCAGAGCACCCAAAAAAGUUGACUUCUUUGCCCCUGAGAUAGUCCUAAAGUCGACUAAGAAACGUGGUCGACCAAAGAAGAUAAAAAUCCGCGGCAGGCCAAGAAAGAUCCCGCUCACGCCGGAGGAGGAAUCUGAGAUACUUCGUAGGCAGACCCUACUGCGCAAGCGAAAGUUGUCGAAACCCCUCGGAAGGCCACGCAUUCAUCCCGUUGCAGUAACCCCCAAGAUCAAAAGGGGAAGAGGAAGACCGCGCAAAUACGAAGCCGUGGCAAGAUCGCCGUCGCAAAACGAUACCGACAGCUGAGAAAAAGAGUACACGUCUAGUGUUGAAGUUAGCAUCGAAGGUGCUUAUGACACCCCCCGCAAGAGAGGGAGGCCGUUAGGUUCCUUUAAGAAGAAGAGGGGUCGGCCUUCGAGUUCUGCCAAGGUUCCAACCAAAAAAGUCUCCGAUGGCAUCCCAAGAAAAAGAGGCCGGCCUCCAGGCUCCGGUUCCAAGGUAAAGAUAGUUAAAGUGGUGAGUGGACCACCUCGAAAGAGGGGACGACCCCCAGGCUCCACGAAUAAAGUUAAGAUCAUAAGACGGGAAGCCGAUGGGACGCCACGAAAGAGAGGACGACCCAAAGGCUCCGGGAAAACGAUCACCGUUGUUAAAAAGGACGUGGGAGGUGUUCCGCGAAAGAGAGGUCGACCGCCAGGUUCUGGUAAAAUUAAAUUGUGCGUACCGGAUGAAGUAGAUUUAGAUCUGUGCAACUUUGUUAGUACCAGUGCUCAGCAUCGCAAGAGAGGCCGUCCAAGUAAAGUCAGACUGGCUGUAGUGCUCGAAAAGCUCCCCUCAACGUUCACAGACGACAAGAAGAUGGAGGUUGACGGUCCCUCUCCCAAGCGAAUCCGUGACUCUGAUUCUCCUUUGCAAGUUCCAGAUGAAUCUACAGAAGAAGAUCCAACAUCUGAGGAGAAAGGUGCAGAGGUUUCGGACGAAGAAGAUAACACUGUCGAUGGUCCGAAAGUGAACAACAUAAGCGAGCAGGAGAUGGGAGAAGAAAUGUAUUCAAGAGUGGGGUCAGGUAAAUUCAAGAAAAAGAAAUGAAAGGAUCAUUGGUAUUGAAUUGGUAUAUUUUGGACACGCGUGCUGUUGGUGUCGCUUGCCAUGCCGAACUGUGUUGAGUGCAUUUCUCCUACUUUGUAAUUCAUUUUGCUCAUAAUCUCAGUGAGCACAAUGAUUGGCUUUCUUGUUUUAUUUCUUUAAUUUUUUUGCAUGGUUAAAAAAUGUGUCUGCAAUGCUUAAUAAUUGAAAGCAUGCUAAAUUGGAGAAGUUUGCAGCCAGUUGUUUUGGGAGCCAAAAUGAUAAUACUCAGAUUUUAGUUUAAUUUAAAAAGUUGAAAUCCCAUUUCAUUCGUAACCGAUGCCUUGUGCCAAUGAUUUUAAAGCGCUAGUGUGUGCACACAGAAUCUGGAACCUAAAUUCAAUGCUUAAAUUGCACUGGCAAAGGGUUUUUACUAAAGCUGUGAGAAUCUCCAGCUUCUUGGAGGGAUGGUGGUUAAAGGGUUCACCCAAAAAUCUAAAUUUAGUCAUUAUUUACUCAUCAUCGCUUUUUCAUACUAACUUAACAAUUUUUAUACAGUUUUUCAUUUCAUUUUUGGGUGAACUGAAGCGCAUCUGUGUAGUGGUUUUUAAGUAUUUCUUAAAAAUAUUUUUCAGCGUAAAUUCUGUGUUUUAUAGUGAAACUUUUUGUUAUGCUUUGUGUCACGUUUGUCUGAUAGUUUGCUCAUAUGUAGGUGUUGACCGAGUGCUUAGUUUAUGGCUUCCAUCUUGAAUGUCAUUUUGCUCAAAUAUUGUGAUUGCUUCGAUUUUACGUCGUUUUUCAAAAUGUGAACAUACUUCAAUUCUGGUUUGACAAUAGGUUCGUUAUUCAUUUUCAUAUCAUGUCUGUUUUUUGUAUACAAAAUCUUUUAUUGUUUACUUUUUCAUGUUAACCUUCUUCAUUUGUGUAUAAAAUAUAGACAUCUUGCUAUAAACUGUAGAUUUUAAUUCAGUCAUUCAUACAUUGUUUAGGUUUUUUAUCUAUUUAUCAAUAGAUGCUGAUAACAUGUUGUUUUAGGUGAGAUCUUGCAUUUAGAAACGUUAAUAAAACUCACUGUUCAA